GGGCUUCCGUAGGAGGACAGGACCACAAUAAUGCAUUGCGAGAGGCACGGCUAAAACGUGCCACAAAGCAUGCAUGAUGCAGCCACGUCGAAGCUAAGCUGCUGGGCUCUCUAGGAUGCACACGCGCACGUAUCAGGUGACAGUCGGACCGCAGUCUUGUUGUCUUGCUCCCCGCACCGUGGACGAGACGUACCGGGACUAAGGGGAGCUGCGUGAGAUGCUAUAGCCGCAUCCCGUGGAAGGUUGUCCCGCCUCGGAGCGUCAAGCCUGGGUGAUGCUGCGCGGGAGCUGACCGUGGUGCUGAAAGGACCAAACCCCCCACUUCCCCACCCCCGCACGUCCGUGGCCGCACAUGAACCACUGGGACCAUCGGGGAUUCGCCCCCACGCACCUGACUUUUCAUGGCCGUGGCACGCAAGAUCAAAACUUUGCUGACCGUCAACAUCCUGGUGUUCGUGGGCAUCAUCCUGUUCUCGGUCUACUGUCGGAUCCAGGACCGCGCCGAGGAGCUGGUCCAGCUCGGACGCGCGUCCGACCAGAGGCUGCGGGCCAGACAUGGCAAAGUGAGCAACUUGGCGGACAGGCAGUCCAUCCUCCAGCGGCUGGAGAGGCUGGAAGAUGUGGUCUACAAUCAGCUGAACGGCUUGGCGAAGCCCAUGGGGCUGGUGGAGGGUCCCGGAGGACUUGGUCAGGGAGGAGUGGCCGCCUCUCUCGGGGAAGACAGCCGCGACGCCGAAGGGAAGUACGAGGAGUACGGCUACAACGCCCAGCUCAGUGACAGGAUCUCCCUGGACAGAAGCAUUCCGGACUACAGGCCCAAAAAGUGCAGGCUGCUGACGUACGCAGAGGACCUCCCUCAGAUAUCUGUGGUGUUCAUCUUCGUCAACGAGGCUCUGUCUGUGAUAUUGCGCUCCGUCCACAGCGUGGUGAACCACACCCCGGCACACCUGCUGAAGGAGAUCAUCCUGGUGGAUGACAACAGCGACAGUGUGGAGCUGAAAUUCAACUUGGACCACUAUGUGAACAAGCGCUACCCCGGCCUGGUGAAGAUUGUGCGGAACAUCAAGCGGGAAGGUCUGAUCCGGGCCAGAAUCCACGGCUGGAACGCGGCCACGGCCCCCGUGGUCGGCUUCUUUGAUGCCCACGUGGAGUUCAACUCAGGCUGGGCUGAACCUAUCCUCACCCGGAUGAAAGAGGACCACACGCGCAUCAUCCUGCCAGCCAUCGACAACAUCAAGUACAACACAUUUGAGGUGCAGCAGUACGCCAACGCUGCCCACGGCUACAACUGGGGGCUGUGGUGUAUGUACAUCAUCCCGCCGCAGGAGUGGCUGGACAAAGGCGAUGAGACGGCCCCUAUCAGAACGCCUGCAAUGAUUGGCUGCUCUUUUGUGGUAGAUCGUGAUUACUUUGGAGAGAUCGGUCUGCUGGACCCUGGUAUGGAGGUCUACGGAGGAGAGAACAUUGAGCUCGGCAUGCGGGUGUGGCAGUGCGGCGGCAGCAUGGAAGUCCUCCCCUGUGCCAGAGUGGCCCACAUCGAGCGCACCAAGAAGCCCUACAACAAUGACAUUGAUUACUACGCCAAGCGCAAUGCCUUGCGAGCAGCAGAAGUGUGGAUGGAUGAAUACAAAUCUCACGUCUACAUGGCCUGGAACAUUCCCAUGAACAACCCGGGUGUUGACUUUGGGGAUGUGUCUGAGCGCCUGGCCUUGAGGAAAAGACUGCAGUGUCGAAAUUUUCACUGGUACCUGGAACACGUCUACCCCGAGAUGAGGAUCUACAACAACACCAUCACAUAUGGCGAGGUGAGGAACAACAAAGCCAGUGGCUACUGUCUGGACCAGGGCUCUGAGGAUGACGACAAAGCUAUCCUCUAUCCGUGCCACGGCAUGUCCUCCCAGCUCGCCCGAUACUCCACUGAGGGUCUCCUCCAGCUGGGACCCCUGGGAUCAACCACCUUCCUGCCUGACACCAAAUGCCUUGUUGAUGAUGGCAGAGGGCGCGUCCCCGGUUUGAAAAAAUGCGAUGCCGUUUCCAGGGUUUCUCAGAGGCUUUGGGACUUCACACAGAACGGUCCGAUCAUCAGUCGGGACACAGGUCGAUGCUUGGAAGUGGAAAUGUCCAAAGAUGCCAACUUUGGUCUUCGCUUGGUGGUGCAGAGAUGCUCAGGUCAGAAGUGGAUCAUAAGAAACUGGAUUAAACAUCCCAGACACUAAAUCCGGAUGAAGAAAAAGGUGUGUGACAUCACUGCACUACUGGACUUUGCAUCUGCAGCCACAGAGCUUUCCAACUUAGAAGCUUUGAGAACAUGAACAUGAUCCACUCGUGCUCAUCUCUGACUCUACCGUUGAGAAGGCCCACAUCUGGAACUGGAACUAUCUGUAGAAAUAAAUGUACAAAGAUGCGUAAGUGAAAUUCAAAAUGAUUUCAUUUGUAUUGUAAAGCUACCUGUUGUUUGUAAAUAACUGGGUGUGUUCAAAUUCUGUGUGUUUAUUUCAAUGAGCAAAAUGCAUAAUGUAGUUGUAAAUCGUAAUGCACUACAUCCAAAUGAUUAUUUUUGAAAUUGUGGUGGAAAAGUCAUCAUCCUGUUCGUGACGCCAAUUUUAUGUGGUGGAAAUGUCCGAAUCUUAAACAGGAACAAUAGAGAGAUUGCUAAAACAGUUUUAUUUACUCAUAAUCAGAUGGUACAAAGUUGGAUUGAAUCGAUAUGAUUACAGACGGUGUCUCAUGAGACAAAAGAUGGUGAACCCUCGUGAAGGAAUUAAGAAAGAGCGCACAUCAGGCUUGGUCUUCCCUUCUUAUUUAUACGCUCCCUGAUGGCCUGAUUGUAGAAUAACAACUUAUGGAACUGUCCAAUGUUCAAAACUCACCCCACCAACAGAACUAGGACUUGGUCAGGGUGACUUGACCUCUUAUGUGGUGUCCCUCCCAAUGCAUUCAGUUUAGAGGUAACCCUAGGACAGAAAUGUUCCACUCCAAAAUCAUCUGCCAUAUUGUACUACUCUGAAACUGUAUGAUAAAUAAUAGGUUUUAACGAUA